CACUUCGUCGGAUUCUUUCAUGGCUCUGUCUGACAGACAGAGCAACCUGCAUCUUCAAGGAUACUGUACUGUAUCGUUCCAGUCUGUUUUUGGCCGUUGGGAUAACUUCCAGCGGACAUGGUGGUGAUUCACGAUUUUUGCGAGAGUUGUUUCGGUUCAUUUCCAGCCAGCCUAGCUCUGGAGCAGUGCUGCCGUCGUUAGCGAGCAGUCUAAUACAGUCCACCAGGCUCCACCAGACCAAAGGCUCGGCGCGGCUGAGUUCCUAGUCUAGCGUCGUGCGUGUGAGGCUGAGCCGAGAGUGGGAAACGGCGGCCAACGCUGUUUUACUUCACAACUUCCCAGUCCCAGAGCGUCGUUUCUCGUGCUCCUUCGCGUGCCUUCGCGCUACGCCUGAGCAGCACAUUCACGCCGCCCGUGUGCGACGCCUGAGCUGAGCAUCGCUCGCUGCGACGACAAAGUAGCUUCAAGGAGUCCUUGCGCUGGAAGUCGCAUUCUAAGACUCAUCCAUCGGUCGUCGAAGGAGUAGAGCCUCUGGUUGCGAGAACUAGACCGAUCUAGGGUGGGCGCAUGGAGGGAGUCAUGGACAAGAUGGUCUCCGCGGACCCGCACAAGAGCUCGUCCGGACAGAUCAAUCAAGGCCGCGUGGAGAUCCCGCCUCAUAUAGUCGCGGAAGCCAUGGCGGCUCUCCGGGGGAACAAGGGCGAGCCGGCGCUCGACGUGCGCUGGUCCGCGCCCAUAUCGGACGGCGAGAUGCGCUACGUGGAGGAUUACGUCAAGGCGCGAUACCCGGCGAUAUUCACGGAGUGCAUCGUGGGGCUCGGCUUCCCCAUGCCGUGCGUGCUAGAGGAGCCCGACGGCGGGUUUCGCGGCUCGAAUGGCGGCGGGGGCGGCUUCGGUGGGGGGGGGUUUUCCCCCAUGGCGGAGCUGCUGGCGAUGGAUGACGAGGAGGGGGACGCGGAGGGGGAGGCGGGGGGAUUUGGCGCGGUGAGCGCGCCGGGGGGGCCUGUAGCAGCGGGGCCGAGUUUCGGACGGAGCAGCAGCAUGAGCGGGGGGGGCGGGGGGAGCGGAGGGGGUGGCAGGGGGGGGGGUAGCAGUGGCGGAGCGGAUGCGAGUCCCCAGAUGCGCGGGCACGCGAGUCCAACGGCUGCGGGCCACGUGGUGCCCAUGAUGCGCGACUCGCUGCAGCAGCAGAAGCAGCAGCAGGAGCAGCAGCGCAAGAUGAUGCAGCGCAACGGCCCCCCGCCCUCCUUCUCCUCCUCCUCGCCCUCGGAAACCAAGUCCCGCCUCUUCUCGCGCUUCGUCCCCUCGGGAACGGUCACCGCCACGCAGCCUGGGCGCGCGCUGCUGAAUCCAAGCAGGCUCCGGGACAUCAUGGUGGAGAGCCGGGACGUUCUUGACUUGAGCAUGAGUGUGAGUGUCACAGAGCUGCACGCCAGGCGUCGAAUCCUGCAGCGGUGCGGUGUGGAGAGCGAGGAGUACCACAUCGUCUUCACGCCCUCGGUGCAGGAGGCCAUGGUGCUCGUGGCCGAGGCCUACCCCUUCCACCGCCACAACGUGUUCCUCACGGCGCUCGACCAGUCGGACGACAGCAUCAGCAUGUUUGCGACUCACAGGGACUCCAAGGUGAUUCAGGCGCCCCUAUCGUGGCUGGACCUGCAGAAGCCUGGCAGCCAGCUCAGCACCAACUUCAGGCGCAAGAGCAAAGCCAACCCCAAGGGUCUGUUUGCCUAUCCCAUGUGUGCCAACGGGCAAACUUUCUCCCUUCAUUGGGUGUCGGAGGCUCAGCGCACGUGCUGGCACGUGCUUCUGGAUGUUACGGCUAUUGAGCUUGACUCGGGGGUCUUCAAUCUUGCUUCACACAAGCCUGAUUACGUGCUGUGCUGCUCUCCGCAUAUAGUUGGUUAUCCGUAUAGGCUAGCGUGCUUGCUUGUCAAGAGGGCUUCCCAAAACACUGACUUGUAGCAUUUCAUUAUGAUGUGAGCUGGCUGGGAUUUGACAAUACAAGUGUAGAUGCUACUUGGCGAGAUGAUUAGCAAUGGAAGAGCGACAUUACUGGCG